UGACUCCAGCACUCUCUCUCAUACGCGUAAUCACUUUCUCCCUCUCUCUCUAGAGCCUGUCCUCACCUUUUCCCUAAUCCCUGGUACAGAAAAGACAGCGAGAAAUAAUAUUGGUUGCGUUGAUUGAUUGUGUUUUACAGAGUACCCAACAAGAGAGAGAGAGAAACAGAGGGAGGGGUGAAGGGGUUGUUUCUGGAGUGGCCGAGUACCCAGCAGUGGCAAUUAGUACCUUCCACCACCACUACUUGUGCCUUUGCUGGUUUCCCAGCAGAUUUCCAUUUCGUCUGUUACAAUAAACGACCAAGUUUUCUCUCGACCAUUUCAAACCCCUUCUGUGUUUCUUCAUUGUCUACCCAGUUUAUAUUAUUCAAUUGAAACUCUGGUACUGGAACCCCACCCCCAUCAUUUUCUUUUACCUGAAAUCAUUGUGUUUGCUUCUGGAGAUGCAAAUGCCCCAGAACCUCUAAUUGGGGUUCUACUGUACUGAGAUCUGCCUCUCUAUUUGCUUCCUGCUUCCACCUUUUGCCAUUUUGGGGGCUGAGAUCUGAUACCCACUUGCUGGAAUUCUUCGCUCUUUAACUACACAACCCAACUUCGGGUGAAUUUGUUGGGCGCUGGAUAUUGGGUUUUGUUUGCCCUCUCUACUUCGAGUUGCUGUGGCAUGAAGUCGCCGAUUGGAGAGUUGGGUCAGUGGGGGGUUUGGGGAGAGAGAAUCAGAUGCGGGUGAAGUUGAAGUUGAUCGUCUUUUGUAGUGAAACCGGCUUUGGCUGAGAGAGAUUUUGGGCGGUGGGGGUUGGGGGGGUUUCACUUCGUCAUAUUCUCAGAUGAGGUUUCACUGUUUGUAGUUUACUUUUUUGAAGAUUCAGAUUGAUUUUGCUGGUCGAUUUAUGGUAUUUCUGUAGUGGAAAAAGAAAAGGGUCGCAAAAAAAAAAGGUUGUUCUGCAGUCGUUGUUGUUGCGUUCUUGGAAGAUACUUUGGUGCUUCAAAUUUGUGGGUCAAUUUGUUUUUUUAGGUUGGAUCUCAGUAAAAUGAGGCUUUCAACUGCUGGUUUUAGUCCUCAGGCCCCGGAAGGGGAAAGAAGAGUUCUUAACUCGGAGCUUUGGCAUGCGUGUGCGGGUCCUCUUGUUUCUCUACCUGCUGUUGGAAGUCGCGUUGUUUAUUUUCCACAGGGUCAUAGUGAGCAGGUUGCCAUAUCAACCAACAAAGAAGUUGAUGCUCAUAUACCUAGUUAUCCAAGCUUGCCGCCGCAACUUAUCUGUCAGCUUCACAAUGUUACAAUGCAUGCAGAUGUCGAGACGGAUGAAGUGUAUGCUCAGAUGACCUUGCAACCGCUCAGUGCUCAAGAGCAAAAGGAGCCUUAUCUUGCAGCUGAGUUGGGUGCUCCCAGCAAACAACCAACCAAUUAUUUUUGUAAGACAUUGACAGCAAGUGACACGAGUACACAUGGAGGAUUUUCUGUUCCUCGCCGUGCUGCUGAGAAAGUGUUUCCUCCAUUGGACUUCUCUCAACAGCCACCUGCUCAGGAGUUAAUUGCAAGGGAUCUUCACGACAAUGAAUGGAAAUUUAGGCAUAUCUUUCGUGGUCAGCCCAAAAGGCAUCUUCUUACAACUGGAUGGAGUGUGUUUGUAAGUGCUAAGAGGCUUGUUGCUGGCGAUUCCGUGAUCUUUAUUUGGAAUGAAAAGAAUCAAUUACUGCUAGGAAUCCGUCGAGCUAAUCGACCACAGACAGUGAUGCCUUCAUCGGUUUUAUCCAGUGACAGCAUGCACUUGGGGCUUCUUGCUGCUGCAGCCCAUGCAGCUGCUACAAAUAGUCGGUUCACAAUAUUUUAUAAUCCAAGGGCUAGCCCAUCAGAGUUCAUCAUACCCCUGGCCAAGUAUGUCAAAGCUGUGUACCAUACCCGUGUUUCCGUCGGUAUGCGUUUUAGAAUGCUAUUUGAAACUGAAGAAUCAAGUGUUCGUCGUUAUAUGGGCACCAUUACUGGCAUCAGUGAUUUAGAUCCUGUUCGAUGGCAAAACUCACACUGGCGCUCCGUUAAGGUUGGAUGGGAUGAAUCUACGGCUGGGGAGAGACAGCCAAGGGUCUCCCUGUGGGAGAUUGAGCCGCUAACAACCUUCCCAAUGUAUCCGUCUCCGUUUCCCCUUAGGCUUAAGCGACCGUGGCCCACUGGAUUGCCCUCUUUUCACGGUCUCAAAGAGGACGAUAUGGGAUUAAAUUCUCAACUAAUGUGGCUACGGGGAGAUGGUCUAGAUCGUGGAAUUCAACCCCUGAACUUCCAUGGACUCGGAGUUGCACCAUGGAUGCAGCCAAGGCUUGAUGCUUCUAUGGUAGGUUUGCAGCCGGAGAUAUAUCAAGCAAUGGCUGCUGCUGCACUACAGGAGAUGAGAACCGUUGAUCCCGCCAAAGCGCAGGCGGCUUCGCUUCUCCAGUUCCAACAGAACCCAAGUCUCCCCAACAGGCCUGCUACCUUCAUGCCAUCUCAGAUGUUGCAGCAGCCUCAUCCUCAGCCUCAACAGACCUUUCUUCAAUCUGAUCAUGAAAACCAACAUCUCUCUGUGUCACAGGCCCAAACCCAGACUUCUGUUCUUCAGCAGGAGAUUAAGCAUCAAACUUUUAACAACCACCACCAGCAGCCGCCACCACCGCCACAGCAGCAGCCGCAACCGCAACAGCAAGUUUUUGAUCACCAACAAGUUCCAACCACAAUGUCUUCAAUGUCGCAGUUUGGUUCUGCAUCGCAAUCUCAAGCACAAUCUCUGCAAUCCAUUCCUCCUUUGUGCCGGCAGCAAAGUUUUUCUGAUUCAAAUGCCAACCACGUGACGAGUCCCAUGAUUUCACCAUUGCACAGCCUCUUAGGCUCAUUUCCGCAAGAUGAAUCGUCUCAGUUGCUUAAUCUGCCUAGAACCAAUCCCAUGAUGCAUUCAUCUACAUGGCCUUCGAAGAGAGCUGCAGUGGAUCCUCUUCUCUCUUCUGGAAAUUCUCAGUUUGUUCUUCCCCAGGGGGAAAAUAUGGGGACGACUCAGACUACUAAUAUCUCCCAGAAUGCUAUUUCAUUGGCGCCGUUUCCUGGUAGAGAAUGCUCAUUAGAUCAAGGGAAUGGCGAUCCGCAGAGCAAUCUUCUCUUUGGUGUCAAUAUAGAGCCUUCCUCUCUUCUGUUGCAGAAUGGCAUGCCAAAUCUUAGGGGAAUUUGCAGUGACAGUGACUCAACAGCUAUACCUUUUUCAUCCAAUUAUGUGAACCCUGCUGGUACCAACUUCUCUGCAAAUCCAGCCGGGACACCUUCAAAUUGCAUUGAGGAUUCGGGUUUCUUGCAGUCUCCAGAAAACACAGGCCAAGUAAACCCACCAACCAGAACCUUUGUAAAGGUUUACAAGUCGGGGUCCUUCGGUAGAUCACUGGAUAUUUCCAAAUUCAGUAGCUACCAUCAGUUACGCAGUGAGCUCGCUCACAUGUUCAGCCUUGAAGGCGAGUUGGAGGACCCUUUGAGAUCAGGCUGGCAGCUUGUAUUUGUUGACAGGGAAAAUGACGUCCUUCUUCUUGGGGAUGAUCCCUGGCCGGAGUUCGUCAACAGCGUGUGGUGCAUCAAAAUACUCUCACCACAGGAAGUGCAGGAGAUGGGCAAACGAGGCCUAGAGCUCUUGAACUCAGUACCGAUUCAGAGGCUCUCGAAUGGCAGUUGUGAUAACUAUGCCAACAGACAGGAGUCAUCCAGAAAUUUGAGUACCGGUAUAACUUCGGUCGGGUCGCUCGAGUACUGAGGCAUUUAACCGGUCAACAUGUCUUCUCUGUACUAUUAGCUCUCUCAGUUA